AUGCAUGGGACUCCGCCUAGCCCUUCAGAGCUCACCCUUGCGGGACAUGUCUCCCCGGCAGAGCUCAGUGGGCAGGCCUCGCCGCCCCUCCGCCGCCCGCAGGAUGAGUUCCACCCGUUCAUCGAGGCGCUGCUGCCGCACGUGCGCGCCUUCGCCUACACCUGGUUCAACCUGCAGGCGCGCAAGCGCAAGUACUUCAAGAAGCACGAGAAGCGCAUGUCGCGCGAGGAGGAGCGCGCCGUGAAGGACGAGCUGCUGGGCGAGAAGGCCGAGGUGAAGCAGAAGUGGGCCUCGCGGCUGCUGGCCAAGCUGCGCAAGGACAUCCGGCCCGAGUGCCGCGAGGACUUCGUGCUGGCCGUCACCGGCAAGAAGGCGCCGGGCUGCGUGCUCUCCAACCCGGACCAGAAGGGCAAGAUGCGGCGCAUCGACUGCCUGCGCCAGGCCGACAAGGUGUGGCGGCUGGACCUGGUCAUGGUCAUCCUCUUCAAGGGCGUGCCGCUCGAGAGCACCGACGGCGAGCGCCUGGUGAAGGCGGCGCAGUGCGGGCACCCGGUGCUCUGCGUGCAGCCGCACCACAUCGGCGUGGCCGUCAAGGAGCUCGACCUCUACCUGGCCUACUUCGUGCGCGAGCGAGAUGCGGAGCAGGGCAGCAGCCCGCGGACAGGGCUGAGCUCAGACCAGGAGGACAGCAAGCCCAUCACACUGGACACGACGGAAUUCCAGGAGAGCUUUGUCACCUCCGGCGUGUUCAGCGUCACGGAGCUCAUCCAAGUGUCCCGCACACCUGUGGUGACUGGCACAGGACCCAACUUCUCUCUGGGAGAGCUGCAGGGGCACCUGGCCUACGACCUGAAUCCAGCCAGCACGGGAAUGAGAAGGACGCUACCUAGCACGUCCUCCAGUGGAAGCAAGCGGCACAAAUCGGGCUCUAUGGAGGAGGACGUGGACACGAGCCCGGGCGGCGACUACUACACCUCUCCCAGCUCUCCCACGAGUAGUAGCCGCAACUGGACGGAGGACAUGGAAGGAGGGAUCGCCCGGAGCCCGCACCCGUCCUCGGCUCUGCACUUCCCCACCGCGUCCAUCCUGCCGCAGACGGCGUCCACCUACUUCCCCCACACGGCCAUCCGGUACCCGCCCCACCUCAACCCCCAGGACCCGCUCAAAGAUCUCGUGUCGCUGGCCUGUGACCCGGCCAGCCAGCAGCCUGGACCGCCUACUCUGCGCCCGGCGCGUCCCCUGCAAACCGUUCCUCUCUGGGACUAGAGCCGAGGGAUCACAGUCCUGGUACCUGGGAUAGCAGCGUUCUGUGCCCCCACCUCCUCUCCAUCGCCCGGGAAUUCCCGGGGGGGCAGCGCCGCCCCCCCACCCACAUUUGCGGUGGGAAGUUAAGAGCGAGCAAGAACACCCCACCAACGCCCAGCCCGGCCAAAAAACCAACCCACAGACAGACCCAGCGGGAGGAGAAGGAAAAGCAACACCCCCCCCCCCGAAAAAAGGAGAAA